GGAACUAUUUUCAGGUUGCGAUUUAUAUUGAUAAAGCAAAAAUGACGUUGCUGGGUACACAUUUUCCAAGACAAGAAAAUGGAUAGGCCUGAACGAACCAUGGGAGACGAGACAGAUAGUUUGACUGCUGGAGCAGCUUGGCUGCAGAUCCUUUUGAACAGACCAGAAAAAGAAAUUAUCAAAAUGAUACAGCAAAACCCCCAACUUGUGUCCCAAAAAAUAUCAUUAACAUGUUUGAGUCCGUUAAAUGUAAACGAGAGCCCAGAAUGUAACUGUUCCCGUCAUCUAGAGACUUUACAAGGACAGGGAAGUCAGAAAACGGAAGAACUCUUAGCGGAGUUUCACAUGUCAAUACUGCUGGGUGUCUGUCCACAUGUUCUGUCCAUUCUCCACAACUAUGAUGAAACAUCUUCAGGAUCAACAGCCAAUAACCCUCAGAUCAGAGAAAAUAUUCAUGAACUGAUAUCUCGGUUGUAUAAAAAGCAUAAACCUUCUGCUGAAGUCAACAUGAACCAGAAUCUUACUGAUCCCAGUGAAUGCUCUGUGAGGUCGUUCAUGCUCAAGAGCCUAGUCCCAUAUUCAUGUACAGCCAGCAUUUCUGCUAUUCACAUAGUAACAGCUCUUGGAAAACACCAACUUCUUCGGAAAAUUUUGUCAGACAGGGUGACACCAGUUGGCAGUUUAUGCUUUCAUUUUGAAUCUGGAUACCACAGUGCUUCUCCAUUUCAUAUCGCUGUAUUUCAUAGACAGUAUAAGGCUAUUGAUAUUCUGGGGAAAAAAAUUCCGCAAAUGCAUAUGGCUUGUAACAUGGAUCAAAAUUUUGGUGGAGGAAACAUCACCCCAUCAAUAUUGGCAGCACAAAUGAGUGAUCUGUCUGCUUUGCAGCAUCUUUUGAAAUACAGAACUCCUAAACAUAGUUUGAACUCUGAGACAUUGCUUGCUUCUCUUGAAAAUCGAUCAAUGGACUGUGCCGAGUUUCUUGCUAAAAAAAAGCAUGCUUGCCUAAGCAGAAGCUUCCUGAGUCAAGAAGUGGCCUGCAUCUUUGAUUUACAGGAGUCGGAUCAAACCCUCAAACUACUUAAAGAAUUAAUCAUGAACCCUGCAGAAAAAAACUUCCUCAAACUUUUAAUAGAUUAUUCUUGCUUCCCUAUCGACAGGAUUAUUUCUUUUAGCGUCCACCUAGAAGCUAUCGAGACAACGGAAUAUCUACUUCAAUCCACAAAAGCAGCCUCACUGACACGUUCUCCACUUGGUUUUAUGCGCCUGCUUACCAUGGCAACUUUGCAAAACUCUCCUGGUCUUCUAAGCGUACUGGUCCGCUAUGUUGGACCAAAACGUUUGCCCCUGUAUACACUCGAUUCCUCUCUCUACUGGGCUAAAGUUCUGCAAUAUGACAAAUGUGAAAACAUCCUGGCAAAGUUGUUAUUAAUAAAUAAAGGAAAUUUUGAAACUGACAUUACAUCAAAACCUCCAUUUCCUGCCAUAUUCCACGAGUCCAUGGAAGUUGUCCAAACUGACCUGCUUGGAACUGUGAGGAGGCUGAAUGACAUUGGUUAUGAUAUCAAUGCCACCACUGGCAAAGGUGAAUCAUGCUUAAACGCAGCCUCAAGUGAGACAUAUCUUGCUGCUUCAGUUAAAAAGUAUGGGCCACUUGUUAGUCUUCUGCUAGAACUAGGAGCAGACGUAUUUGCUACAGGAAUGUAUAACGUCCCAGAUCAAGUGAUGCACCCUCCGAUGCUGUUACGCCUGCUGUGGGCUAAUGUUGAUAUCUGCGGACCACCACGACAUACUGGAGGUACUGUCUCAGGUCCACAGAGCUACACACCUCCAAUUAUCAUGCCAAUGGUCAAGUCUCCAAUGCAGUUGUUAAUCCUACGUACAGCUCACACUAUUUGCAAAGACAAUAUUGACUUUUUGAGGUCCAAAUUGGGGAAUUAUGAUGAAGGCAGCACAACAAAUGGCGACCUCUCUGACCACCUUAAGGAAUACAUUGAUAGCCCACAGCCACUGCUACGUCUGUGCAGGAAUUCCAUUCGAAGAUCAGCUGGCAUUCGUUUACACAAGUUCAUGGAAGGUCAAACAUUACCAAAUAGACUUGUCAAUAUAUUGACGCUGAAAGAUGAUCUAGAACCGCAUUGGCAGGGUAGUGGAGACACAUUUUGGAAAUCCUUCUAGAAUACGUAAUGAAUGCUCCCUCCCGAUUUAGGAUCUACAAUGUGGCAGUUAUGUACCUGUAUGUUGGUAAUAGAGAUGAUUCUUGGAUUCCAUGUCAAGGGAAUAAUUCAUCGCAGGAAUCCCAGGUUAUAAUUUGAAUUAUAACGGAACAAAUCAACAAUCAAACCAGUACAUUUGUAGAUCAUGGAACCUAUUGGCAAGGCUCCAACUGAGCUUCUGAGUCAGGAAGCGUUUGAUAUUACAGAUGUUCAUGAUCAGAGGAAGUUGAGCGACGUAACUGAAUGUGUCCAGCAGCCAGAACUAUUACAUAUCAGGGAUUGCAUUGUGAUAGCUAGGACUGAUAUGAUGUGUACGCAGGUGUGGUGCUGAAUGCACCUUCCGCAGCGUGAGGAGGGGCUGCAUUUCUCCUCCUUCUAGGGGGUGUUGGGGUCUCCCCCAGGAGAAAAUGUGAUUUUCUAAAGGUCUUUGGAGCACUUAACAUGUUUUAGAGCCAAUUUUCUGGUAUAAUGAAUAAAAGAAUAAAAACGCUCACGUUCUUCUG